AUGAUCAAAGAGCAGUUGAAAGAAAGAACCGAUAAAAGCCUUUGUCUAGGACCAAAUGGCUUUUAUAACCAGAAAAGGGUAUCAAUGGACAUAUGGGCCAAACAAGGCAAAUUUCAUCACCAGAAGAGACAUUUGCAUGUGGAUGGCAUCUUAGUUGUGUACUAUGGAAGUGACGACACUGAUGAGGCUGGUAAUUUUGAGAUGAUCAUAAACAAGUACUUCAAUGGGAAAGUGCUCAAACCCACAAACUGUUUUCUAAGGCUGGUUUCAUCACCAGACCCGGUCUGCAACAUUGUCACCGAUUUUUCCGGUGGCCGGAGAGGGGUGAAGCUCGGCCGACCCACCAUGGUGUACCGAGAUAUGAUCAAACAUGUGCUCGGCCCAUUCUACUACACAACACCCAUGUGUGAUGACGGCAAAGGAACCAAUUACUGA